GGGGAGACGCGGGAGGAGUGGGGGAGGAGAAGCAGAAAACAGCUGGGGUCCGAUUGUAAAUAGAGCGGAAGGGCUGCAAAUGGAUGACUGUUGAAGACGUUUCCGACGAAAUGAUUAAAGACAAUGCUGCGUACUGGCUGAGAGGCACCGCAGGGAGACGAAAAGCACCAUUUUAAGGGUGAUAGUCGGAACAAAUAAGAAAUAGUUAUUUACUCCUCUGAUUGCUGCAACACGAUCCUUCACAAUGUGGAAACCACUAGAGGCAGGGAGCUCACCCGUCGACUGGUGUGAGGGCAACUAUCUCAUAUCACCAGUUAUUGCUGAAUUUGUAAAUACAUUUAGCAAUGUUUUAUUUUUCCUGAUGCCACCCGUGCUCAUGCAUCUAUUUCGUGACUAUGGGCGCUUUGUAAAUCCCGCCAUACAUGGUAUAUGGGCCAUGUUAAUGGUUGUGGGGGCAAGUUCUGCUUAUUUCCAUGCCACUCUGUCACUCACUGGUCAGCUUCUUGAUGAGUGUGCAAUUUUAUGGGUUAUUCUUGCAGGCUUUGCAAUGUUUUUACCCAGACGUCAUUUUCCUCUCAUAGCCCAAAAUGACAGAAAAAAACUUAGUGUUGGCUUCUUGGCCUUAGGAAUCUUUGCAACUGGCUUGGCUGUUGUUCAUCCAGCCAUAAAUGCCUUUGUUCUCAUGGUUCUUGGCAUUCCAGCACUUCUCUUCAUGGUUUUGGAGUUAAGAAGAGUCAAUGAUGGGCGUGUGUAUCGUCUUGGAGUACGUUGUUGUGCUGUGUGGCUUCUGUCAGUGUCCUGCUGGAUCAAUGACCGUCUGUUUUGUGAAGUUUGGUCUUCCAUUAACUUUCCCUACUUGCAUGGGCUCUGGCACAUACUCAUAUUCAUUGCCUCUUAUACAGUUUGUGUAUUAUUUGCUUACUUUUCUGUCAAAGAUGAAAAGCCGUUGAAAAAGCCAGUAUUGCGUUACUGGCCACGCAACGAUUUUGAACUUGGGAUUCCAUAUGUCACUAUUCAAGACUGUGCCCAUGGGAAAGAACUCAUCAAUGGAAAAGAUGUGUAUGCAUGAUGGUUGAUGCAUGAUCUUACAUAUCUAAUGUAUUUUAUUGGUGCUAUAUGGUCUACCUGCAGUCAGAUUGAUUAUUCUAUCUUUUAUAUUUUCAACCUGCCAUGUUUAUAGUCGCAAUCUUAGUUUUAUUGAAAGUAUUUUCAUACUUUAUAAGUUUUAAAACCAAACCAAAUACUGCUUUUGCAUUCCCAGUUUUUCUAUAAAACUUUAAGGGGGAAAUAUAUGUGAUGCAUCUAUAAUUUUUUUAUCCUACCUCUACAGUCUUGUAGCUACUCUACCAUAUAUGAAGGUAUUAUUUUUAAAUGCCCUGUGAUACUUCAGCACCAAACGGACGCCAUUGUUUGUUUUGAUUGCCCCUUAUCUCAUAACAUUUAAGUAUACAUCAGAUAUGUUCAAGAUUACAUUUCAUCUUAUCUAAGUGUGUAUACAUUUAAAAAAAUGUCUUGAAAUAGUCUUAGAAAUUAACUUAUCGUUCCUGUCUUAUUUUGCUAGGAAUUUGGCCUUUUGAAGUAUUGAGUUUCGAGCAUGUGUUAUCCAGUAUCAUUUAUGUUUGUUCCAAUUUAUGAACAUACCUUCUUGUAAAGGUGUAUAGUAUUUUCCAUGGUACGUAUUCUUCAAUGUGAUAAUGAAGUUUUUUCAAUUUAGUUAGUUAUACCUAUGAUAUCUUUGUUUUUUAUUUCUUUGUGAGCUGUUGUUACAUGACAUUGCAGUAAGUUUGUGCAUAAUAGAGAUGCAACUUUUCUUAAUGCAUUGCAUUGCUAAAGCGUAAUCAAAGUUACACUUGUAAUGAAAAUAUUUAGAUGUAAACAGUCUAGAUAUAUUACUAUUGUAAAACUGGGGCUGAGCAAAAAAUACCCAUGUUUCUGUAAUAUAUCAGUAAUUGGUACUGCAUUCUUAGCUGUUUUGAAAUCCAUCAAAAAUAAAUAAAUUAUGAAAUGAAUUAGUUUAUAUGUGAGCCACACUCCUAGGGAGGAUGGCUUCUACCUUAAUACUUAUACUUUAUAUUGCUCUAGGUGUUGGCUGUAAUUUUUUUUCUUUCAAAACACUAGGAACUGCCAAAAGGAGCGAUUUACAUGUUGUGUACUUCUGUUGUGACUACCUAAUCUCUUCCAAAUUCCUGCAAUGCUUAUGUCAACCACUUGCAAAUGAGAGAAACCUCUUAAUUUUGUUCACACAAUAAUAUUUGAAAUCAGUGUGCUCCCAGUUUAUGGUGGUGAGACUACAAAUAAAAGUUACCUCUUUUUGCAUUGGA